ACGAUGUUGUUAUUACAAGAUGUACUAGUCAUCCAUAGUCAAAUAUUUAACGCUACAGCCAAAUCAUGAGAUACAUACAUACUUUACGUUUCUCUCUCUAAAACCAUCUUUCUCCUACUUCUCCGCUCACCAAUAAAUUUAAUUUAUUAGCCGGAGACUUUAGGUGCUAUGUCGGACGCUCUAAUCAACGGUCUCGCCGGAGCUGGUGGUGGAAUCAUCGCUCAGCUCCUCACCUAUCCUCUCCAGACUGUGAAUACUCGUCAACAAACGGACAGAGAUCAAAAGAGAAAGGAUCAACACUCUAGUACUCUUGACCAAAUGUAUCAGGUUGUGAAACAAGAGGGAUGGACUCGUCUAUAUGGCGGCUUAACACCAUCACUUGUUGGAACAGCUGCCUCUCAGGGUGUAUACUAUUAUUUCUAUCAAAUAUUUAGGAGCAAGGCUGAAAUUACUGCACUUGAACGUCGAAAAAGAGGGCUUGGGGAUGGUACAGUUGGGAUGUUUUCAUCUCUUAUGGUGGCUGCUUUGUCUGGGUGUGUGAAUGUGCUGCUGACUAAUCCUAUUUGGGUUGUUGUUACACGCAUGCAGACUCACAGAAAGAAAUCCCAACAAACUCAUUCCAUAUCUUCAGAUGAUCAAGUUAUUGUUGAGGUAGAAGCACCUCCAUUUGGAACCAACCUUGCGAUUCAGGAACUUUAUGAGGAAUCUGGACUAUGGGGAUUCUGGAAAGGUGUUUUACCGACAUUGAUCAUGGUGAGCAAUCCUUCCUUGCAGUUUAUGCUUUACGAAACAUUAUUGAAGAAGCUAAAGCAAAAGCGUGCUUUGAGCAAAAAUGCUAAUAAAGGAGUAACUGCUUUGGAGAUUUUUUUGCUUGGAGCUCUGGCUAAACUUGGAGCUACAGUUGUCACAUAUCCUCUUCUGGUUGUGAAGGCAAGGCUACAAGCAAAGCAGGUUAUCGACGGAGACAAGAAACGUCAGUAUAAAGGUACUGCAGAUGCAAUAAUGAAGAUGAUUAGGUAUGAAGGGAUUACUGGUUGUUAUAGAGGGAUGAGCACAAAAAUAGUACAAAGUGUUCUUGCCGCUGCAGUUUUAUUCAUGAUCAAGGAAGAACUUGUUAAUGGAGCUAGGUGGUUGCUAACAAAAGAUGCUAUGAAUAGGGCGAGAUCCAAGGCUUCAUGAUAUUUCCUUUCAUCGUGAUAAAGUUCUAGUAGGGUGUUAGUUAACAGUUUGUAGUUCUCCACUUCUACCGGAUUUAAAAAUUAUUUAAAGAUUAAAAUUGAGUCAAGGGUUGCAGUAGCUUGCCGAAGAUGGUCCAUGGACCCUGCUGGAUCCCUUGUAUCGUGCCUGUGGCUGUGCCAGAGAUGGCAGCGGAGAAACUCAGAAUAUACAAUAUACGUUGCAGGAAGAAAUGAUAGGACUCUACAACUGUAAGUUGUAAGAUUAUGUUCUAUUGGGAAUGAUUCUGUGUAAACCAGAUGUCAUGAACCCCAUUGAAGUUCCUCUAUUUUAUUUUCUGUCUCAUAGAAAGCUGGUGUGUGUUAUGUAUUAAUAAUAACUAUUUCAAAUAGUUUAUGGAACAAAAAAUAGAGCUUAUUUAUCAUUUUA